UACAGGCGCGACUCAACCUGUGGAAGCCGCGAUGAACAGCUGAUCCUCCCGCAGUGGAUAAAAUCAAUCACCAUGAUCUCCGCCAAGUCAUGAUUUCUCAUCCGACGCGUGACACUAUGUGAAUAGUUAUUGGAGAAACAAGUAGACAAAAGGAAAAGUAGAGUGGAGAGAGUAUAGGAGUGUGUUUGGAGCGUUUUAUUUUUCACGGUUUGGACCUGUUGAUCAUCAGUGUGACAGACGGACACACACAGUCUACCUGCCGCUACCUGCGCUGCGCUCGCCUAACAUCAAUUAUGUUAUUGUCAAGUUUUCUUCUUUUCACCUUUUCUCACUUUUUGGCGCCUCUGUUUCUGUGUUACCUGCCUCAAGUCUCCGCACAGAAGCCUGGUUCACGGUGGCUGAUCGGAGACAGAGACAGUCACUGUGGGGUCAUCUGCUCACGGACGCAGGGGAAGCCGGUGUGUGGCUCGGACGGGCGGAGCUAUGACACCGGCUGUGAACUGCAGAGGGCGCGCUGCAAGGACAAAACACUGACAUUGGCAUACCGUGGCCGGUGUCGAGGUAAAAACUGGGGGAAAAUUGAUCAGUUGCCGGUGGCUUCAGCACCAACUUCCACAUCUGAGGGGAGCGACCUGGAGCUCAAAGAUGCAGGUCAGUCCAAGUGUCGUGUUGAGAGGAACCAGGCUUUGGAAGAAGCCAGGAGACCUCAAGAGUCCAUGUUUAUCCCAGAAUGCAAUGAUGAUGGAACAUUUGCCCAGGUCCAAUGCCAUACUCCAACAGGUUACUGCUGGUGUGUCACCAGUGACGGCAAGCCAGUGAGUGGCUCUUCUGUACACAACAGGACCCCGGUGUGUUCAGGAAACUUCCGUGAAUUUAUGGGAACUCAUGCUGGGACAAGUGGAUUGUCAGGGUCAGUAACCGAUAAACCACCUGGGGCACCGAUCUCUGGUAGAAAAGUCUCUUUCCGUUUCUUUCUCACCCUCAACCCAGAUGAUGGCUCCAAGCCCACACCGACCAUGGACACUCAUGUUCCCCCUGAGGGUGAUGAGAUAACUGCUCCAACGCUGAGGGUAAAACAGAUGGGUAAUAAGGAUAAGCAGAACAUCUCCAUUUCCAGGAGGCAAGAGAAAGUUCCCUCUUGUGACCAGGAGCGACAGACCGCACUGGACGAGGCUCGGCAGAAUCCUCGUGAAGCCAUUUUUAUCCCUGACUGUGGGACCGGAGGCCUUUACAAACCGGUCCAAUGCCAUCAGUCCACAGGCUACUGCUGGUGUGUUUUGGUGGACACGGGACGGCCCAUUCCUGGAACCUCCACCAGGUACCAGACGCCGGAGUGUGACAGUGCUACAUCGCGCAGCAUCUCAGACACAGAAGAUUCCUUCCAAGGCAGAGACCUGACAGGCUGCCCAGAUGGGAAGAAAGUGGAAUUCAUUACAAGCUUGUUAGAUGCCCUCACCACUGACAUGGUGCAAGCCAUAACCUCACCAGCCCCCUCUGGUGGUGGGAGGUUUGUCGAGCCUGAUCCCAGUCACACUUUAGAAGAGAGGGUGGUGCACUGGUACUUCGCCCAGCUGGAUAACAACGGCAGCCACGACAUCAACAAGAAGGAACUCAAGCCGUUUAAGAGGUACCUGAAGAAGAAAACCAAACCCAAGAAAUGCGCCCGAAAAUUCACCGACUACUGUGACCUGAAUAAGGACAGGGCAAUUUCCCUGCAGGAGCUGAAAGGCUGCCUGGGCGUCAGCAAGGAGGGUAGCUCAACGACAAGUGGCAACCAAGGGACAAGGCCAGGAACAAAACUGUUAAAGAGCUGGUGCGGUGUGUGACAUCUCACCUCACGUUAUGACCAUAAAGUAGGUCGUCUAGUGUGAGAAGAGAAGGAUCCAGAAGCUGAGACGAGAGCAGAGGGCACAGAGGGAAGGCAUCUGUACGCUUGCUGACAGGAAAGAAAAAGAUGGAGCAGAAAAGUUCCUGAGUUUCAAAAAAAAAAAGGAACAGAAAAACAAGAAGAAAACGAAGCGGCGCCAAAAUAUUUGCACUUUCUCCUCCCUAUGUUUGACAUUUUAUCUGUACGUUUUUUUUUCUCUUGAAGUGACAGUAGGUAAGAAUGAGAAUAUAUUUGUAAAAAGAUAACAGGCUCACCACUGGAAGAUGUGUACGUUACCACAUUUCCCCUUGUGUUUUAGUCUGCUGUUGUGAUUCAUUCUGUCCUACAUAACAGGAACAGGCACUAACACGCAUAUUUUGUCUUAUUAAAUUCAACUUACAUUUUCCCUGUUAUAUAGUUAUCUGCAGCUUACAGGCCAGUGGUAACUCACUAAAGAAGAGCUUACAGGGAGUCACAAUCACCCCAAAUGUUGCUUGGUAAAGACAAAGUCAAAAGGAAGAGCUAUGGCAAUGUUGACAAAUUUAAACGAAUGUGUAAUGUUGUAUGUGAGCAUGCAAUAUUAAGUGAUCGCCAUGUAUUAGAAGUAAACUGUGACCAUGAAGUCUAAUUUAUCAGCACAGAAUUAGCUGUAUGAAUCCCUUUGCACUGUACAGAACUUUCUAGAUACAUUAACAUUUUGGCUUAAGAAUCAGAUCUUUGUGUACAAUGUCUGAGAUGUGUUAUGUCUGGUUUUUGUUCAGUACAUACCAGUGUUGGGGAAAGCUAAGAUAAGUAAUUACUUGCUUGCCACACAGUUCCAUAAAAGUGUACUUUCUGUGCAACCCAAAACCAUUUUGUUGUAUGUAGUUUUCUCAGUUAUCAACAUGUCUACAGAAGAUUCCUUGAGGGGUUCAUUGUUUUCUACAAUUGUUUUUUUUUUUUUUUUUUUACAAAGUUUGUGCUAAUAAAACUUGUAAUAAACAUUUCAGAAAAAGAAACAUUUCAAAAGCCAAUAGUAACAGAUUGUAAGAACUGAAAUAUUGUGCAGCCAUUAUUUGUAAUAACAGAGGUAUGUCAUGCACCCCCCCCAACACUGGUACAGUGCAUACACAGUCUUAGCAGUAUACUAACGCAGCUCAACACUGUAGCACACAGCAGGAAAAACAUUUCUACAUAAAUGUGGCAUUAUUAACAUAUUAAAGCUGCAUUAAUGAAUUGUUGACCACUAGAGGGCAGAGCCAUUCCAAAACUAGACACAGACGACCCCGAACGAUAUUGUUAUGGCUAAAUGUUAGCAAUGAAUUGCUUCCUUACAGAUGUAGCGAACAUGGAGCAACAUUAUCAUCCCAUAUUUCCUCUCUUUUUAGCUCUGUUUUGGUCUCAGCCAACUCCUGGGGAACUAUCUGAUUUCUUUAGCUGCUAAACGCUCCACUAUAUUCAGCCAGUUGCUUACUUUCUGUUUGUCUGUCUGGUGUUUGGUGCUGGGCUGGUAGUAUAUAGGUGGGUUAUCAUAGCCAAUUUGCUGUAAACAGCUUCAUGAGUGCGCUGAGACCAAACUAAAUUGUGAAUGUGCCAUAAAAACAAUGAGUCAGAAGAGCGGCAGAUUUGGGUGAUACUUCUGAGGGUACGUCUGUAUGAGAGAUCUCUUUCACAAUCCAUUUGAUUUAAUGUUGAGAUAUUAAAAAUAUUCAAUAAAUGCAGCUUUAAGUCCAAACCACAACGGAGGCCAUUGGUUUACAUAUAUCUUGUGUCACGAUAUGGUUCUAAGUGUAAUUUUAUAUAAAGUUACAACUCAAUCUAGCUGUUUUAUUACUGUAAUUUUCAUUUUCUACACAAUCAAACCCAAAAAACAGCUGAAGAGUCUGGCAUUUCCAGUAUGUUAAUGGUGAAUUCCGCAUGCUCAUGGGUUCAUCAGGCUCUACUGGCUGUGGUUACAAAUCAACAAAUCUCUGACAAAGACCCCCUGGUGGGGAUUUCAUUUUUCCAAAACAGAUCACAGUCCAGAAAUUUUGUUUUAAAUAUUCUUAAUGGUGCCAGGAGAAAAAAAAGUGGCACAGAUGACUAAACCUAACCAGUAAAUGUAGUAAAAUGUUUACAUGGCUCAGUAUGCCGUUAACAUCAGCUAAUUUCAGCUGUCAUAUUCACGUUUAUCCCAGUUAUUGUAAACAAGAAUUGGUGUUCACAAAUGCCAGUUCUUUAAAUAAAUAUUUGAGUCUCCA